UCUCUUCACCAGACGGUCUUAAAUCAUGGCGGCCUCCUUCCUCCUGCUCCUGACCUGUGUUGGCCUUUUCCUUUCAGCUCAAGCUCAGGACUGCUCCAGCCCUGUGGGAGGAGACAACAUGGGGCUGAAGGGGAACGACAUACUUUUACAAUCUUUCCCCGACGGGACAAAAGUUACGUUUGCUUGUGAUGUUGGCUACGUUACUGCUGGAGGAUCUGCAUCCAUCACCUGCACUGCGGGAGACUGGAGCUCUUUGAGGAUGACGUGUAAAAGGAAGCAAUGUGGCGCUUUUGAAGACGUGCCAAAUGGAAGCGUGGAUUAUUCUGAAGGGAAUGAGUUCGGAGACAAACUGACGGUCACCUGCAAACCUGGUUACGAUUUGGUUGGAAAUCCGAAUAUCCUUUGUGGCAACGAGGGCUGGAUGGGCCGGCCGCCUGUGUGUGAAGAGGUAGAUUGUAAGGAGCCAGUUGUUGGGUUCGGUCAUUGGGAUUCGGGGUCGCGGGGCCCCUACACUUACAAGGCUACCGUCACGUUCAAGUGCAACGAGGGGUACAGGAUGACAAAUUCUGCCACCAUAAUCUGUGGGAUCAACGAACUGUGGGAGCCUGCACUCCCAAAAUGUGAAGCGGUACCAGCAGAUACAACCACCACCACUAAAAGUCCUGAAUCCACCACGAAGCCCACAGCGGUACCAGCAGAUACAACCACCACCACUAAAAGUCCUGAAUCCACCACGAAGCCCACAGAGGUAGAUUGUAAGGAGCCAGUUGUUGGGUUCGGUCAUUGGGAUUCGGGGUCGCGGGGCCCCUACACUUACAAGGCUACCGUCACGUUCAAGUGCAACGAGGGGUACAGGAUGACAAAUUCUGCCACCAUAAUCUGUGGGAUCAACGAACUGUGGGAGCCUGCACUCCCAAAAUGUGAAGCAGGUGUACCGACUCCUCACACCAUAUCCUACAUUUCCCCCAAUCAGCAAAGCACCACCUCACACAGAGCGAGGCGCGGCGCAGUUCCUCUGCACGGGCUGCGGAAGUGAAAUGCUUGAUGGGAAACGACUCGCUGGUAUCUCGAGCUGAGCGCUCAUUGGUGGUUUUUACCACGUGCUGGUGAUGAAGCUCUCCCAUUGGCUCGGCUAAAGUUUGUUGUCGUUUUGUGUCAGUUUUACCGCACUUCCAUUCACAUUUUUCAUCAUUGUUCCACAAUGUUUAUCAUCAUGAAAUUAAUAUCUAUAUAUUUUAUACUAGACUUGCACUGCUUACCG